CCCAACUGGCAGUUCUCCCUCUCUGGCAUGAAGGAUAAAUGUCAGAAAACAACUGAAGAUCCUUAAGCAAAUGAGAUUGCCUAGAAGUGGGAUGGAAAUGGAGGGGAAGGUGGAAUCAGACUAUCCAGGACAAGGCUCUUAUUCCUGGAUUUUUGAAGAAAAGGGAACUAGGUGAACUAGUUGCCAGGACAACCAUCUGUUGGGGGAAGGAAAUGGGAGACCUGUGGUUGCUCCUACUCUUGCCCCUGUCCUUGGCAGCCUUCCAUGGGGUCAAAGCCUGCUUGGAAUGUGACCCCAAAUUCAAAGAGGAUAUUAGGUCCUUGAUAACAAAUCUGGUACCCUCAGAAGUCCCUGGUCGAACUCAUCUGCUUGAAUGGCAGAUUAAGGAGAUGAUCCAUUUAAGCUUCAAGGUCUCCCACGGGGACAAGAUGCUUCGGGUGUUGGCUGUUCAUAAGGCUGUCAAGUUGAGAAUAUGGCUGAAGAAUGAACUUUAUAAACUGGGCAAUGAAACAUGGAAAGGUGCCUUUAUCCUUCAAGGCAAGCUUCUCGAUGUCCGCCAAAACCUGGAAUCGAAACUGAAAGAGAUAUUAAAGAACUUCUCUGAAGUUGCUUGUUCUGAAGAUUGUGUUGUGACUGAAGGUCCUAUCUUGGAUUGUUGGACCUGUCUUCGCAUCACCACCCAAUGCUUCAGAGGAGAGUAUUGUGGAGAAGAGGAUUCAAGGACAGCUGAGAAUCGAGAGAUUGGACUAUUUCUGAUAUUGCUAACAGAAGUUGUGAUAUUGGGAAGUGCUUGGUUACUAUUCCAUAUCUGUGUGUCUCAUUGGAGGAAAAUGAAGGCAAUACGAAGGUCAUUGAAGAAAUAUUUGGAGAAGAAACUUGAAGAAUUAAUAGGGAUGACAGAUUAGAAAGAGAAGGAUGAUUCUGGAAUCAGAAAAUACAUAAACACAAUUCUGUUAAGGAGGUCUUUCACAAUUCUGUUAAGUGUUGACUCAGAAAAAUCAGAAUUAAGCUCUUUUGUGGUCAUAAAGUCAUAUUUUUUAAAACUGAAAUCGAACUUAAAGUUUCUCUAGUCAAGAUCCUUAUGGUAUCCUGAGGCAAUGGAAGCAAUGAGAGGGCAAAUGAUAUACCCAGAGUUGUACAGAAUGUAAUGCUGAUAUGUUGCAAUGUACAUAAAGAUGAUACACUGCAUUGAUAAUAAAUAAUGAUUGGUAACUCUCAA